UGACAGUGACACCCGAGUACCUAACCUCAUCUAUUUACCACCCGUCUGGAGGCCAGUGUUUACUUUUUGAACCUCGCAGAUUUUGCUAAUUUGCAUUUGUACUUUGCACAGUGUCUGGCAAUGCAAUGAUCUUAAAAAACUACAAGCCUCCUCCUAAUCUUCAGUAUACCGUUUAAUUGUGAAGAAUCGGUAACGCAGUGUAUAGGAUGGUUACUGGUGACAAUGACCCUUUGAGUGACUUUCAGAUAACUGAAGAAUGGAUCUACAGAGGAGAAGGAAAUUGCAAUGUGGUGCUAUCACUUCCGAAAUCGAGGAAAAUACUCCGAAUUCGGAAAAUUGACAGACCUAGAACACUUAUUGGUUGGCUUAUAGUUUGGAUCAAUGAUUUUUUAUAUUGGUAUUGUGGUAAGGGUAUUAAGGAAGAGUUGAGAGAUCUGAAAUUUUAUUCAACAGUCAUGAGGCCGCUCGUUGGGAGGAGAUACACCUCAGAAGCUGAUCAGGUUUUUUUGUCUAGGAAACAAAUUAAGAUAUUCGAAGACUCAUUAGGAAAAUAUAGACCUGAAUUCAGGAAACAGAAAAUAUUGCAGUACAGUAGAGCAUCUCUCUUUGAUGACUUUGCUUUCAUACCAAAGGACGAAUAUGAAUAUUUACCCUUUGAGAUGUCUCAAAAUACAUAUGCAAUAGAAAUCAAACCAAAGCAAGGGUGGAGACCACUUAGUGAAAAACAUUUUCCUGCAUGUUUAUUUUGUAUGCACCAGUAUCUGAAGGCUGAGAAAAAGCAGAUCAGGUGUCUCAGCAAGUAUUGUCCAGAAGAUCUUUUUUCUGGGGAUGACAUUAGGAUGAAAUAUGCCAUAAAAUCAUUGAUAGAAGUCCCUCAAAAUAAUUUUAGAAUAUUCAAAAAUGGAAAAUUAGUCUAUGGUGAAGGAGUUGGUAUGGAGUUCUGUAAAAUAGUGGAACAGUUGUUUGAAACAUACAGUGAGAAUCUAGAAAGGUUACGAGACGAAUUUUGCGACUUAAUCCGGACCUGCCUUUUAACGAACCUAGCGAACAUCGACUCUUCAGAUGACUGUGAAGACAAACUGUUCUGCGAAUGGAACAAGAUCAUCCAGGAGGCGAACAGGCAGAUCUGCCUGCCAAAAGGGUCGAUUCUAGAAAAAAUACUGUCUAUACAAAUGUUGGACACGGAAGGGUGCUCGUAUUACAACAAACUGUUGAGUAGAGAGAGGUUAAAAGAAUGGGAUUACGUGGAUAUGCUGUUGAAUAAAAUCAGCGACGAUUGCGCGUGCCUGAAAUGCGUUAUUAUGAUGCUGGGAAAUACGAGUAGGGCGGGAGACGAGCUGGAUCUGAAGUUUGUACCGUAUUUGAUUUCCGCCAUCGCAAAAGACUGCUCUUUGAUGAUCACGUUGAAGAAGAUCCGGGAAAACAUAAGUGAUCUGGAAAUGAAGAAUGUGGUGCACACGAACCUAGGACAGUUCUUAGUGAACGUUGGAGUUUUCGAUUUAUACCCCAAACGUCUUUCAAGCAUCACAAAACACUGCAAAAGGAAUAAAGAGAUAUUGCAGGCGUACCAAAGAGCUACAUCCACGUAACAUUUAUAUAUUAGUCCAAAUAUUGUGAGUUAUUGAAUGUUUCAAGGAUUUUUAAUUACCUUCGCAACAUCAGUAUCAGUGUCUUAGUAUUAUUUUAGCAAGAAGGCCUAUCUACAGUAACAAAGGUAUUGUAUACUUAUGCUACCGAUGUAGAUAUUAGUUGAUCUUGAUGACAUAAAAAUUUAGAGAUAAACUAGAGUAAUUAUGGUUUUUGUUUCUGUACAGACAUCAUUUUGAAAUAAUUUACCUGGUAGGAAAUUAUUGGCAGUAUCUCUUCAUAGAUAUUCGCUAAAUGGUUUUGAGGUACUGUGACCCUCAACAAACGGAGGCUAGUGCAUUCAUGGACGGUUGAAUAACUGUAAUUUAUUAUUUACGAUACUUCAUCACGGCAAAACAACAAAUAAUAGCUGGUUAUCUAGUGGCAUUCAAAAGACACAACUCUGACUGAUCUGUGGACCAAGUAGUAUUAAAAGAGUGGGUCGCCGUAUUUCGUACUCGUUCUUACCUUCUGAAAAGGCAUUUAAGAGUGUAGCUUUAUUGCAGUUAUCUAUACAGGGUGAGUUUUAAGUGUGGAGAGAUUGGUCGGUAGCUCUGCUAUUUCGUAUAGUAUCUAAAAAAAAAAAAAAUUGUAUGAUCCUUAUUUAGAAGUUAUUUUUAUCUCUUUACGGUGACCCAAAUAUGUAUCUUUUGAAUAGAAAGCAUUACAUUUUAUCCCAGAUAUGGACACACCAUUUCCAACGAAGCAAUUUGAUACAACAUACUAUAGGGACCUAUUUUCAAAUUGUUGAGGUAUUUGGCAAUCUUUCGAAUAAAACACUGAACUUUGACAAUUCACAUCUCCGCGACUGUUAUAGUUAGAGUUCUGAAUUUUUCGUAAAAAAACUUUUGAUGCCACAUUUUGUUCUUAUCCACUUACUUUUUCAGUUUUUUGAACAGUUUAUACAGGGUGGUCAAGAACGCAGAAUGAACGACCUCUCAAAAAUUUGAUGUGCAUUUUCACAUUCCAUGAUUCCCCUUUCCACAACUAGGGUUUUGUACGACUGGUUGUUGGGUGGUAAAUCAGAUAUCAAGCCGAAUGAACAAUAUUACAAUAACUUUCAAACUAAAAAGCAGCAUUUAGUUGGUAACGGCAGAUAGUAUUUUCAAUUUAAAUUAAAUCUACCUUAUGGAAUAAAGCUUAAAAGUCAAAUGUUUUUAGUAAUUCAUACAAAUCUUCAUAAAUCUUACAUUAGAAAAACGCUUAUGAACAUAAUAAAAAAAUAAGGAAAAAAAAAAUACGCAUUUGAAAAUUUUAAGAAAUAGUUAUUUUUGGCUUCUUGACUACCUUGUGUAAGUGUCCAAAAACUGAAAAAGUAAGUACAUAGGGACAAAAUAUCGGAUCAUAAUUUUUUUUAAGGAAAAAUUCAGCACUCAAGCUACAACAGUUGCGGAGGCAAGAGGUGUCAAACAUCAGUUUUUUAUUCGUCAGAUUGUCAAAUAUUUCAACAAUUUAGAAAUAGAACCUCAAAUUGCUCCAUUUGUAAAGUUGUAUCCAAAUCUGCAAUAAAAUGUAAUGCUUUCUUUUUAAAAAAUGCACGAUGGGUCACCGCAUAGUUAUGAAUCAUCCUGUAAAAAUAACCAUUUUUUUCAAGUAAGGAGUAUAUUGUUAGCUUCAAUUUUUUAAAUAUUAUGUUCAAUAACAGAGUUAUCGACCAAGUCCACACUAAAAACUCACCCUGUAUGCGCCUCUUGAAGCUUGUUGUUAAAAUUUUUAGCCAUUGAAAGUAUUUAUCUAAAAAUAAACGUUCAUCAGUAUUUGGGAUAAAUAGUUCUUAAUAUGAUCCUUAGUUUUAUCAGACUCGUUAAUGUCAAUAGUGCUGAUUUAACUUGAAUAUGUCAUUUGUGAACAGCUGUUUGUUUGUUGAGUACUUAUUUAGCAUUAAUGAUAUAAUUUCAAUUUUGUAUUAUUACUUUGACUCAUUUUUUGAAUCAAUUUUAUGUAAUUUUACAUUAAAAUUACAUCGCUAUGCAUUUUGGGUAUUGAUAAAGUGAUUUUUUAAUUUUACCUUAACCUUUUUUAAAUUGGAACACUGUUUAAUACCAUUCUUCAAUUUAUUGAAUUCAAUUACCCCCUUUUGAAAUACAGAUGCGAUUAUUACAAUUUUACAGAUAAAAUCUAUACUGCCUCUAGUCUCGACUGUUUAAUUUUGUGAAUUUUUCUAAAUGUGGUGGCGUUAAAUGAUUUUUUAAUUUGAAUAUGAAAACGAGAAAAAUUUAUAACAUUCAACCACUGCAGUUCUAACUUAGACUUAAUCUUAGCUUUAUUUAAAAUGAUUCUCAUAGCUUUAUUCUGUAGAAUUUGUAAUUUUAAAAAUAUGUUUUCAUUUGCUGUAAUAAAAAUAGUUGAACAAUAUAUAAAAAAGGGGAAGAUUUAUGGUGAUGACGUAUCGUUAAAAAUAGACUACAUCGGUCCAAUUGUUGAAAUUUAGGUAAUUAUCAAACGUUCUGCUGACUGACAGGUGAACUAUUAAAAUAAUAUUUGAUUAUCUUGGAUCUUGUUAUGGUGUAUUUUUUGUAAUGUGAUAUCUUAUUUUCUCAUUCUAUUUAAAUCUUAUUCGCGCGAUUAAAAAUUGGAACGCGCGGGGUGCAGGCUUUAACACUUGAGUAGCGCUUCAGAGAGCAGAUUGACAAUUGAAGGGGUCAGUGGAAAAGUUGCCUAUUCCACAUAAACUAAAAAAUGAGAAAAACGUAUUCAAAGUUGAAUGUGAAUUAAAAAAUCAGUGUGAGUCGAAUAAAAAAAACUAAAAUGAUUUUUAGUAUCUAUUGCAUUGCAAAGACCGGGAUAUCUACACAAAUGUUUUGUUUAAAUAAAUGGUAUUUUACAAAAAAAAAAAAUGUUGCUUAGGCACCUUUGACCCAACAAAACAAGAUAUAAAUUAGAUUUGUCAACUUGAACGUUAUAACUAGAACAAAUUAUAAAUACGUUCAAAACAAACUUUAUUAUUUUUUUACAAAUACUAAAUAAGCAAAACAACUGUUGCAUUGGUAACUUUAGUUUAACACAUAAUUUAAAACAGUUAUUAUGAAUAAUAUAACAAAUAGUUAUUAUUAUUAAUAAAAAUAACUUAAGAGAAAUCUUUAUAAUUUGUAGAUCAUAAUAUGAAAAACUUUCAAUCCGAAGAUUCUUCAUCUUCAUCAGGAUCAGGAUUUUCUAACAGGUCAACCGCCUCAGGAUGUGUUCUAAGGCUGGUAUAGAAAUGAUGAUGAAUUGGCGGGAUAUCCUCCUGAGACCCAGACAUGUUUUUCAUAAGUUAGAGUUGUGACGUUUUUAAAUAUAACAGAAAAUACAUUAACAAACAUUCUUUACUGAGGACAUUUUUUAUUUUUUUUCUUAUUUUGAAAGAUACAUGACGUCCAUUAAAAUGGACAUUGGGUCUUAACCUAUACAAAAAUGCCUAAUGUAUAAGUUAUUUAGAUGGUUAAAAAUACAUUUAAAAUUAAAACUUAAACUUAUAAGAACAUAGAAAAUAAACGUAAACUUAAAUUUAUCUGUUAUGGAACUCUAUAAAGCAGUUUCUGUAGCCAGUUAUGCAUAAGAAUGUGUUACAUCUAUUACAAAAAAACUUCGUUUUUUUAGUACAACUGUCAUUUUUACAUCGAACCGAAUUUCUUAAAUCUGAGGCAAUUUCUGGGUAAUGUUCUUUCCGCUUUCUUUCGGUGCCUGCUGAUGGUGAAUCAACAAUGAUAUUACCCUCAGGAUUUCUUCGAGUUCCUAUACCUCGUAUAUUUUCUUGGAAAAUGUUGGAUUCAUUUUUCAAAAGGUACGUGGCAAUUUCGAUUUUAAAAUCUAGAUACUGCUGUAUUUUUCGUGUUGAGGUUUGAAAUAUCUUUUUAUCUCUUCGAUAAAAAAUCCAUGAGUUUGCCAAUGCUAAAUCAAAGAAAUGGAAAAUGACUCUCACAGUCCAUUUUUUUGAUCUGGCUUGAAUUCUGUAAUAGCUGAUCAUUCGGUCUAUCAGGUCAAUUCCUCCCAUACAAUCGUUGUAUUUAGCAACAAUGUAAGGUCUUGCAACUUGUAUGUAUUUAGAGUCUUUCUUAGACCACCGUUUACACUCAUCACUAGGUUGAAUUCCUAGACGAGUAGAUGCCAAAAGUACAGAUUUCAGGUCAUACCACUGUACAACCACUAUUUCGCCAUCUUGCCUUACAAUUUGUUCCGAGCUACCUCUACCUAUCUUGGCCAUCAUUUUGUCUGAAGUUAAAUGUGCUGCCGCUGGUACACGAGAUUUCAUAAUCGUUCCAGUACAAUAUUUCUUUUGUUGGCGAAGAUAUUCAAGAAGUGGUAUUGUCGUAAAAUAUCUAUCGCAAUACACAUGAGUUCCAGGAAAUAAUGUUCUUCCAAGCCGAACAACAGCAGAAGGUCCAACACCAAGUCGUUUUACAGAAUCAUCUGGAAACGUAUUUUUUCCUUGAUAUAGUUCAAAGUCUACGACAAGACCAUCAGGAGCAGCAACAACAAAAUUUUUCAAUCCCUCUGGAUUGGGUUUUCCCCUAACAAACUGCUUCAUUUGACAAGUUCCAGUGAAUGGUAUCAUCUGCUCAUCGACAGCAACUACUUUCUCUCUGGGUAGCUGCAAGCACCCCUGCAAUACUGCUUCUAAAAUAGGACGCACUUUCCAAAAUUUGUCAUACCUGCGUUUCUCCUCAGAGAUGCUGCCAUCAAUUACGACUUUGAGGUUACUUCUUAUAGAAAAAAACCUAUCUCGAGUCAUAACAUCCGUAAUAGCUGCAACCCUCGUGGGUUUGGCCCAGUACAUUCUGAUUCUAGGAUAUUUUAGGCAGGACAUUAAACAAAUUAUCCCAAAGAAAUGUUUAAUCUCAUUAAGUGUCAAUCUAAGGGAUACUCCUUUAAGUUCAACAUACCUUGCAUUUGUGCAAUCACAUACUUUUUGGAAUAUGUCAUCUUCUAAGUACAUGGCAAAAUACGAUUUUGCAGUCCAACCAUCGCGAAGCUGUGCGCUGCAUUCACUAGACGGACCUUCAAAAUUUGGAGGUGUAAAAGUAUCAUUCCUUCUCCAAAACUGUCGCUGCGAAGAAUUGGGAGUUUGUUUGGCCGUUCUUAACUUUUCUCUAAGGACACUAAGAGGAAUUCUGUCCUCUCCUUCCUCGUCACUGCUGCUCACCAGGUCUUCAUCAUUUAUUUCGUCCUCUCUCUGUACUAAAUUAUCCAUAUUUUCAAUUUCAUUUUCAUCAUCAGACAUUUCAACGUCAGAAUCAUCGUUUGCAAUGAGUUGUAGUAUUUGCUCCAAUUUUUCGUCAUCUUCCCCUGGCCGAAGCACUCGUUUAUUGCCAAAAAUUGCUAAAAUAAAUUUUCCGAAUAAAUCAAAAAUAUUCAUGAGAUAGACCCAAUGUCCAUUUAAAUGGACGCAAAUAAUUUAGGCUAGUACAAAAGUUAUUUAAAAUUUUUAUUAUUAUAAAGCUGUUUAAAUGUAUCUAUUAAACAUUAACGAAUAUAUAUUUCCUCCUAAAUCAGCACAUAAUGUUAAAAAAUAGGUUACAUACCAUCUAAACGAGAAUCACGUGCAGCCGUCAUCACAACAGAAAACAAACUUACUGAUUCACGGCGCAGGUGCGAGACUAAAGUCGGCCGAAUCGGACUAGGCGGCAGCACGGAAGUGUCCAACGUAGUGGAUGCGAGGUCUACGCUGCGUAAAUAUUAAAUUAACGAAACUGGAAGUAUAAAACUGCAUGUCCAUUUAAAUGGACGCUGGGUCCCAGGAGGUUAUACUGACUUAACGCCAUCAAAUGUUGCAGUUUCUCUUCGGUUAGUUCUUUUCCAUUUGGCUAUAAUACAUCUAAACUUCUAAGCUGGUAUGAGCGUCUGCCUUUUUUCCUCGGCCAUAGGUUCAGUUCAUAAAAGUCAGUGCCAUGAUAGUUGAAUUUCAUCUUUAACACCAAUGGUUUAUCUUUCUCUAACCGAAUCCAUACUGUUUUAAGCCACUGAACUUUUGUACCAUCAACAUGUUUUUUUCUAUUUGUUAUGUUUUGUUCCAAGGAUUUAGAGCUAAAAAAAUCUUUUUUCAUUCUAAUGACUGCAAAUUUCGGAUUACUUUUUUUGCUGUCCUUCACCAUAUCCACCCAAUCAUUUGGUACAAAAAUAUCAUUGUAGUAGCCUUCUCAAUCAAUGCAAAAGAGCGGUCGCAUGAAUUAAAACUAUGCCUACGUAUAAAAAACGUUUGGUCAAUAACGCUGACUUACUUCAUCAUGAACGCAUAGAUUGUAGGUCCACAUCUGUCGUUUGUAGUAGGCCUCACCAGUUUUCAAGACAGGAGUGGGUAAGGUUUAUUGCAGAUCGAAAGUUAAUACACGUUUAGUUGGAUCAUUCGCACAAUCAGAAACGUCCUGCUUUUGCAUGUCGUGUGCAGCUUGAGCCUUGCGCUGAUGAAGUUCUUUUUCCCUAAGCAAAGUGUUUCUUUCUUCUUCUGUAAUAGACUGAGAUUCUAGGUCUAUUUUGAAUUUAUCACAUCUAUGACAAGUAUCUGUUUGUGGCCGAUGAAAAUGUAAAUUGAACGGAGUGUUGAAAAUAUUCCUAAACACAAAUGAAGAAAGAGGAGUUUUUGAAUCAUUUUCACAGCUCUUCUUGUACAAAUCGUACAUUAUGCGAAUAUUGAGGCCUGGAGAUAGAUAAUCCCUAUUCCCGUUGUCCUUUCUACUGUAGUGCGAUUUGUAGGUUGUAUGAAUGUACGCAGAUAAGUUACGUCAUCGGGAUUACUUUUGUUAGCAGGCUCAUGCCUGCCCCGUUUAUCUUCAAGUGGAGUACCAUCUUCAGAUUUCCUUUUCAAUGCAUUGGUUAUUGAACCGUCACAAAUCAUAAGGGUAUCCUUAAAAUAAGUUUUACAAACUGGAACAUCAUUUUGGCCAUCAUUUAAUUUAUAAAUUCGAGUGAAUUGACGUCUUGAAUCUUCAUUUUUGCCAUAGCACCUUUUUUUAUUCAUGCCGGAAACUUGUCCCAUAAUGAAAGCAUUUUUCAAGCCCCAGGAAAGUUAAUAAAAAUUUUUAUGAAUUUGGAUUCUUCUUUCAACAGAUAUCUUCGUGUUGCAUUUUUUCAAGCAACCACAUAUUUUUUCAGCAUUUAGUAUUUUUGCAGGCACGAUUUUUUCUUUUGCUGUUGUGUAUUCUUCCCCUCUCAUUCGUUUUAGUUUUCUAAUAUUUUUAUUAUGGUUUUCUGGCUUAAAUAAUCGUUUUCUUGUUUUUAAAUUGCUUGUUUCUGUUUCAUUUCUACCAUACGGCUCAUCACUGCUCUCUGAAACAUUAACGCAGGAAUGUAGAAAAAAAACGAAUAAAUCGACACAUAAAAAGCAACAGGUUGCACAUUCUGUGUGACAUACUUGCUUAACCCACAAAAAAUUGCAAAAGGAGAAAUGCCUAACCCACAUGUGAUAUUAUUUUGAGUAUUUGCGUUUUUCACGAACUAAUAUACCAAAAAUUUAUUGAAAAUGACAAUUCUUUGGCAAAAGAUAAUUCGAAUAUUUAUCAUAAUCGUGUAGCAAAUAUGGCGGUUUUUUAAAUUUGUGGGAUAGGCAACUUUUCCACUGACCCCUUCAAUUGAAAAUGAGGGGCGGGGGUCACGACUCACGAUUCAGGUCUAGUAGAGUAAUUUUUAUCUUGAAAAAAAUUGCAGACUUGGGCGUCUAGGGGGGUGCUCGCCCCCUUCCAAAUCCGCCCUCGAUCCAAACGAAACAAGUGCUUACUCUCCAAUCAAAAUUUUAACUACUGCGUUUCUACACUGACCAUCAGUUCAUUUCCGUUGGUGACUGAAUCUGUGGUUUUAAUGUAUUCGCCAAUUUUAUAAAAACAUUUUUUAUACUUUUUUGACCUUACAUGAAUGAGAAACUACUUGUACGUAUCUUGUCAAUUUGUGUUAUUCUCGUAUUGUAUUUUAUUUACAUAAUUUUAUAAAGCUAAUUUACUAGCAAAAUUUGUUAUCAGAUAGGAAAAUAAUGCCAUAUCUUGUGUAAUAUUCUCAGUUCUAUAUAUUCGGCUUUUCUGUAGCACUCGCCAUACCGUUUUUGCAGUAUUAUGAGUCCUACAUAAACAAUUCUUAUACAUUGUAUCUUCAGCUUUAUAUCUUUUUAUGUAUGUUGUGUAUUUCUCG